CCGAGAUGUGCGGAGAGAAUAGUCUGUUUCUGUUGUAUUUUAUUGAUGAGCGGCCUAAGCAUCUACGACUGCGUUCAUCCUUCCAUUGACAUUGAAGACUCCAGAUCAGAUUAGUAUCGGAGAUCCUGAUUAUCACCAUCCGAUUUCGCUCUCGCUAAUAGCAUUGCAAACAAAUAGUCGAUCAUCUUACUUCAUCUUCAAACCGUCACCUACACCUACUUGAAGCAUUUUUACAGCAAUUCCAAUUUUGAUAACAACUGUAGCAACUCCAAUUGAUAACAGAAACAGUAUCUUCACCACCAGCACCAUCAUGACCAUCACCAUGGCGGACUCCGGCAAAGCUCCUUCUCCCCUUGAAUUCGUCAAGUUUUGCGCAGAUCAGGACGUCCUCAAAUUCGGGGAAUUUAGGCUAAAGAGUGGUCGCAAGUCGCCCUACUUUUUCAAUGCAGGACUCUUCACGAGCGGCACCGCAGUCAAGAAGCUAGGCGAGUUCUAUGCAGGCGCUUUGGUGGAGAGCGGCAUUGAAUUCGAUCACUUGUUUGGACCGGCGUACAAGGGAAUACCGCUUGCGACGGCGACGAGUACUUCGUCCACUUUUCUGCUUUGGUAGUUGGCGCGUAAUUGAACUUUCGUUCAAGAAGGGUCCGUUCAAGAAGGGUUCGUUUAAAAAGGGUCUAGGAACUACAGAAACAAAUCAAAGGCCUCAACAAAUUGGUACAUCACGGUCUAAACUUCUUCUUUUCGCCUUCACAAAAAACCGCACUUCAUUAAACCUCUCUAGUAGGUAUCGGCCUUUCGUCCCUCUUCAACCGCGAUGUCGAGUACACCUUCAACCGCAAAGUAGCCAAGGAUCAUGGAGAAGGCGGCAACCUGGUAGGGGCCAGUAUGAAGGGCAAAAAAGUCGUCAUAGUGGAUGACGUCAUCACUGCGGGAACCGCAAUACGAGAGUCUUUAGAGAUACUCUCUAAAGAAGGGUGCACGGUAGCGGGUGUCCUAGUAGCGAUGGACCGACAAGAGAAAGCACCGGAUUCAGAAUUGAGCGCGAUACAAGGGGUAUAAUUGCUAUUGAUUUUUUCUUCGUAUCGUCCUUCUACCUCUUCAUUCUGAUCACGUUUAGUUGCGCAAUGGUGAUUCAAUAUUUUUUCUGACAUUUUGAAUUCUGCUUGAAUAUCGGAAUUGAAGACUGCCCACUCACCAGGUCGAAAAGGAAUACGGUUUUCCCGUUGCAAGUAUCAUCAAGCUAGCAGACAUUGUUAAGCAUCUGGAGGCCAGCGGUGACGCAUACACUGGUCCAUUGGAAGCACUACGAAAAUAUCGUGACGAAUAUGGAGUUAUUGGAAACUAGAGGUAAAACGGGAUAGGGAUGGGAGAGUGGAAAUGAUUUGACAAUGUCACUUUUUAAGACGAUUAUGUAUCCAUUUUCAAUUUUUAAACGCUCACUCCGAUUCUAGUAGUUCUUGUUGUAUGCCUAUACGUAUAAACUAUAAUGUGUUGCACAGUCAAGCAUCAAGUUGUGGACCCCUUCCAAUGAUGAAAAUCUCCAUCCAAGAUAUCCCAAGAAACGCUCCUGUUUUAUUCGUGUAACAUGAAUGUCAACAAUAUUUGAACAGAAGAAGAAACAGUGAAGUUGUUGUGCCAGCUAUC